AACGUUCGCUUAGCCAUAAACGGAAGCCGUUGGUGUGGCUGUGCAGUGGGGGUCGUGCCAGACUACUAGUCGGUGUCACGGUGCUGCUUUGUCAGACGAGUGCCCUUCACCGGUGAUUUCCGGAAGUACUUUAGAGUAAAGACUGGUUUGAAGGACACUUGGUGGCAACACAGUGGUGUUUGUGUCUCUUUAAGCGCGGAGGAGGAGGAGGGAGGUGGUGGUGGUUGAGUGUCCGAGAGAUGUAGCCCGCCUGCCUGCCUUCCAGCUACCUUCCACUCUCCGGCAUCCACCCCACCUCCUGUACUCCCUUUGGCCGAGGACGACGGACAAACGCUGGGAUGCCGAUGCUGCCAUCAGCAAUCUUUUCUUUAAUAGUCAACCUGAGGGGGCCACGUUUGAAGAACUAGCAGCUUUUAACAAUCAGCACGAAACAGACAUCCCAGGCAAUGGACCAGGACAACCCGAGCCAAAGUCAGACGCCAACAGACCACCCGGGUGAAGCAGAAAACGCAAAAACAUCUGAAACUACCGCACCGCAUCCUUCAGAUCCGAUAUCGGAGUCCACCGCCGGUCCGCCCGUUGCUGUUGCCAGGCCUCGCCGGCCCCAGAGAAGUGCCAGAGUAGAAGGUUCUGUAGAUGUAUGUGAACCCCGAGCUGAGCCCACACGAGGAGAUAACCCAGGCGAAUGCCAUCCCGAUGGCGCGGCGGCAAGUCGCGGCAAAGCUACUACCGGCCCACCGGUCAGGACCUCUGGAGAUAGGCCCACUCCCAACAUCAAAGCUGGCCCAAAAGGUCCAGGGCACCAUGCCGUUAGAGCUGCGUCAGUGCCCCAUCAGCCCACCAACAAGGCUUUACCUGCUCAUCUGAACCUCCACGCCCAAAGAGCUCUGUCUGUGGCAGGCACAGCCGACACUCAGUCCCAGACUGUAGAAGAUUUCAGGGUGCACAUCAUCACUUGGAAUGUGGGUUCAGCCACACCUCCUGACGACAUCACCUCCUUGUUGGGCUUGAAUAUCGGCGAUGGGAACACAGACAUGUACAUCAUCGGGCUGCAGGAAGUCAACUCUAUGAUUAACAAACGGCUGAAAGAUGUCCUCUUCACAGACCAGUGGAGCGAAGUUUGCAUGGAAAGACUCAGCCCCUUUGGAUAUGUGCUGGUGACCUCCCAGAGGAUGCAGGGUGUGUUGCUGCUGGUUUUUGCCAAGUACUACCAUCUGCCCUUCCUGCGGGGAGUCCAGACGGAGACCACCCGCACUGGCCUUGGGGGUUACUGGGGAAACAAAGGUGGAGUCAGUGCCCGCAUGUCCGUGUUCGGUCACACAAUCUGCUUCCUUAACUGCCAUCUACCGGCUCACAUGGAAAACUCGGAUCAGCGUAUGGAGGACUUUGAGAGCAUCCUCCAACAACAGCAGUUCGAAGGGCCGGCAGCCUCUGGUGUCCUUGACCAUGAUGUGGUGUUCUGGCUGGGCGACCUCAAUUUCCGCAUCGAUGACUUGGAAAUGCAAGUGGUAAAAACGGCCAUCGAUAAUAACAAGUUCUCCAUGUUGUGGGAGAAUGAUCAGUUAAACAUGGCCAAGGACAGUGAAACGGUGUUGAUGGGAUUCCAAGAAGGACCCCUCAAGUUCCCACCCACUUACAAGUUUGACGUUGGGACAAAUGUAUAUGACACGAGUGGAAAAAAACGUAAACCGGCCUGGACCGACCGGAUCCUCUGGCGCCUGAGAGCCACGGGCCCCGCUGCCAACACCAGCAAGCGUGGUUCCGUUUCAGGGUUGACCAGCGGCACCAAAGUAACGCAGCACUGCUACAGAAGUCACAUGGAAUACGUCGUCAGUGACCACAAACCAGUCUCUUCCAUCUUUACCCUGCAGUUCCCCUACAAAGUGGAUGUUCCCCUGGUCACAGUCUUGGUGGAGGAUGAGUGGAAUAGUAUUGCUGAUGCCGUAGUCAAGUUCAAACUGGCACCCAACUAUUCUCGCAGCUCCUGGGACUGGAUCGGACUGUAUAAGGUGGGUUUCAAGCACCACAAAGACUAUGUGGGAUACGUGUGGGCCAAACAGGAGGAAGCAGAUUAUCACAGACAAGAACAUCAGGUAACCUUUACAGAAGAGGAACUGCCCAAAGGCUCGGGAGAUUUUCUCUUGGGUUACUAUAGCAACAACAUGAGCACCAUUGUGGGUGUCACAGAGCCAUUUCAGAUCCAGCUUCCCACAUCAGGCAAUGACAGCAGUUCUUCAGACAGCUCCGACUUAAGCUCGGAGGAAGACAACACUGUCGUCCUCACAAAGUCGAGGUCCCGCAGUUCCAGUCCUCACAGGUCCAAGCACCACCGCCAUCGCUCCGGAAGUCCCCCAGACGCCGAAACGAAGGAGCUCACUGCCACCGACGGUGCUUCAUCCGUGACAGCAUGUGAAAGCGAGUCCAUAAAAUGUCCAGCAGAGGGCAGCCAACGGCCUGUUUCUGAGGAGAGCGAAAAACAGAGAGAGGAGACCGGGGUGUGAUGUCUGGUGGCUCAAAAGCAAAAAGGGUGCGUCUUUAUUUUGAACAUUAACACACUGGAAGUGUAUUCAUGAAAUUGUGCAGUUUGGGAUGUCAUCCCUUUCAAGAAGAAAUAUUAAGUCUCAAGGUUUGCUUUGCCUUGAGUUGUGUUUUUUUAGGUCAUUCCUAAAUGUUUGUUCAUCUUUUUUGCAUCCUUUGAUAUGGACAAUACGAAAGGCAUACAUGUAUUUUUUGUUAAUAUUUUGAGGGCAUUUUCUCACCUAGCAGAAAUCAGUCACUUACUCGCCCUGUUUUUUGGGCAGUGAACAUGCUGAAGAUGUGAUCUUUAAAGCUUUGGAUGGAACACAGCAUGCACACUGUAGCAUGGUAUUAGGAGAAAAGUACAAGUAUUAAAGGUGAAGUUCAGAAUUUUUGACAUUAAGCUUAAUCUUCGAGUUAGCGUGGGUUUAUGUAGUCGUUGGAGUUGAUUUCAACAAAUUCUGUACCGUUUGUCAGUUGUUAGUUUCAGGCCUCUUGGUCUUAGUCUUUGAUUAGUUAUUAUUUGUCUUCAUUCGUUUUUUGUUGACGAAAACUCAUCUAGUUUUAGUGGACGUUUACUCAAAAUGUUUUUGUUUGUUAAAUUAAAUUUGAAAAAAAAACCUCCAAAAAUACGUAAAUACAGUGCCCUCCAUAAUUAUUGGCACCCCUGAAAAAGAUGUGUUUUUUAGCUUCUAAUAUUUUUUUUUAAUUCAAAUAAUAUGGGACCUUAAUGGAAAAAAAGAGAAAAAUCCAACCUUCAAUACAAGUGCAUUCAUUCAGUGGGGAAAAAAUCCCACAUAAAGAAAAAAAUAUUUGACAU